AUAUUGUGUAUUUGUAUCCAUAAAUAUUGCUCUGAAUGGCGUUGACUAAAAUAUUGUGUUCUAAAUAUUUCCACAUUGUUUCAGAUACUAGACCUGCUACAGAUGGAGUAACAAGGUCACGUACUAAGGUUGACAUGAAAGGAACGCUGGGAGUGAUCCUACCACGAGCUACUUUACUGGCUGGCAUCCAACGUUCACACCAAGUGAGCCUGACAGUGGGAAUCCCGACCGUGAAGCGUGAAGGUGUUCUAUAUCUGCUGGACACCGUCCAGUCACUUGUGAAUGAGAGCUCCCCCCAGGACAGACGCAGCAUAACCGUCGUGGUAAUGCUGGCAGACGUCGACCAAUCACACAACGAGAUGAUUCUAUCGCGGAUCAGAACGAGGUUCCCUGCUGAACUGAAAUCCGGGUUUCUGCAGAUCAUCCGGGCUCCCCUGGAAGAUUACCCGUCACUGCAGAACCUGCGCAGAACGUUCGGAGACGCCAAAACCAGGGUCGUGUGGAGAUCGAAACAAAACCUCGAUUACUCUAGCCUCAUGGCGUUCUCUCAAAACAUCUCGCAAUAUUAUCUUCAGUUGGAAGAUGACGUCAUAGCGGCUCCAUCUUACUAUCGUAAAAUCAUGUCGUUUAUCAAGUCCAAACGCCAAGAAUGGACAAUGAUGGAAUUUUCUGCUUUAGGGUUCAUAGCAAAACUGUACCAAUCUCGAGACUUGAUGAAGCUGGCGAUUCUUCUUCGUACAUAUUUUAACGAGCAACCGUGCGACUUUCUGUUAGAGUACCACCUUCGACUAGAGUUACAGAAGGAGCGGUAUAUACGAAAACCAACACUUUUCAAACACAUGGGCAAGCAUUCAUCCUUAAAAAACAUUACACGAAACAACGUAAAUACAUUUUUUCAAGGCCGUACUAAAGUGUACAAGGGAGACAACCCAGAUGCCGAUGUGCAUACAAACAUGGCGGUUUUUGAGAGUUAUCUCCCAGAAAAUGCUUACAAACUGCAAGCAGACGAUUCAGCCUUCUGGGCAAAAACGCCAAAAGUUGGCGAUACCAUAGAAAUAAUAUUUAAGCGACCUACAAAUAUUAGCAGAAUCGUGGUGGAGACGGGGUUCUCAGACGAUCGCCAACGUGACUGUUUAGUGGGCGCCCGGCUGGACGCUGGGUACAAAGUGUCACGGGAUGUGAAUUUAAAGGGACACUGUACGGAUGUUCGUAACCUUGGCGAGUUUAUCGAUGGUAGGAUUGACGUCACUGUUACCAAGCCGUCCGCAGAGAUCGGCUGUCUCUUAAUUACAGUGACCAAGACACGCAACAAGUGGCUCUUUGUCCGUGAGAUUGCAGUAUUCGUGUAGGUGGGCGGGACGUAUCCCGCAGGUAAAGCGCUCGCCUGAUGCGCGGUCGGUAUUGGAUCUAUCCCCGUAGGUGGGCCCAUUGGGC